AGUGAAAUGUAGUAGAAUUAACUUGAUCAAAAGAGUGAGUAACCAAAUCAAUGUGCCAUCAUUACGGUGAAAAUAGGAUAGUCUUUAAUACUGAGACCUGGCGGAAAUAUGUAGAUCUUCCUUUAACAAAUAGUUUUAUUUUGCCAACCAUAAUAGAGAAUCAAAUACCAUUGGGUUAUGAAUGUUUACUUUACAUAAAUCAAAUCGGAUACAUGCCCAUUCCUUACGAUUUUCCGGAUAAUCAAUCUGUCUACAGAGGAGGUCUAGAUAGAGAUACCUUGCUCCCUAAUGGUAGAGGAGAAAUACAAUCUUAAGCAAACACUAAAUUUAUUGGGUAGUUUAAAGAAGGAUUUGCUGAUGGUAGAUGCAACAUUGAUAAUGAUGAGAGGAUGUAUCAUUAUAGUUGGGGGUGGAAGCAUGGGCCAUUCGAAGAGAAAACGCAAUAUUGCCAAACCAGUGGGUGCUAUAAGGACAACUUGUUGCAUGGAAAAGUUACUUAAAUUACUGAAUAGGAUUCCAAAAUAGAAACUUAAGAAUAUUAUUAUUAUAACAAUGUGUAGGUCGAGUAUCCUCCAUAAGAAUAUCGUAAUUGCCAAACUACUCGAUAUUUAUUCAACCACAAGGAGUUUUCGAUAAAUAACUUUGUAUUUCUAGGUUUACGAGAAUCCAACUGGAUAAAUCAACUAUUGAUCGACUACUAUUUAGAAUUGAUUUAGGGUUACUUCAGAAUGAUGAAUCCUGAUAAUCAAAUAAUGCUCAUUAACACUGUCAUGAGUUAAGAUAUAUUUUCAAGUAUAGUCAGUUGCUAAAAUAGUCAAAUCUCAAUCCCAAAGGAAAUUGAGGAACUUAUCCUCAAAAAUGCAUUCAACAGAAUAAUAUUAAUUUUGAAUGUAGAUAGGAGUCACUUUGUAACAUUGGUAUUUUAGAACAAUACACUAUACAUGCUAAAUUCCAUGAAUUAUAACGAUGAAAUGAUUUUGGAAAAAGUAAAUUUAUUAUUUCAACCAUUGGAGAAACAAAUAGAGAAGAGGAUUUUAAGAGUUCCACAGUAGGAGAAUGGGCAUGAUUGUGGUUUGUACUCCAUUUUCAAUGUCCUUUUGCAAUACUUAAAUAUCGAAAUUCCUGUAGAUUAAAUAGAUUAUAAUAUUGAAACACCAGAAAGAGUAAGCUAGUUAAGAUAACAUUUAAGAGAUGUUUUUUUAAAUGAUUAUUCGCAUUUAAUUCCCAUUUACAAUUGA